AUGCCCACGGCAAAGAAAACGCUGACGUUCUUACUCAGCUUCGUCACCAGCCUGGGGGCUUUCGUUGUCGUUUGCGUUGUUCUGGUGACCCAACAAUGGAUCCGCAGUGCGAUCGCCAUCAGUGACUCUUCUUCGAACGGUAGUGUGAUCAUCACCUAUGGACUCCUUCGUGGGAAGAGUAUUCAAGAAUUGAAUCAUGGACUUGCAGAAUCAGACAAAAAUUUUGAAGUUUUAGGGACAUUGACCAAUUCUUCCCCGAAGACUCUGCACUCGGUGGUCAUCGUGUUCCUGGCCCUUGGUUUGUUCAGUUCGCUGCUGAGUGCCGGGUUCACCUUCUACAACAGCGUCAGCAACCCCUACCAGACGUUCCUGGGGCCGACGGGCGUGUACACCUGGAGCGGGCUCAGCGCAUCCUUCACAUUCAUAACCAUGGUGCUCUUUGUGGGGAACACGCAGUCCAAUCGUCUCUCAGAAGAGCUGGCCCAGAGGCUGUACCCGCUCUAUCCAGCUGCCACUCAACAAGGGACGUCCCACACUUACGGAUACUCGUUCUGGCUCACCCUGCUGGUCAUCCUCCUAAAUGUGGUCACUGCAGUCAUCAUCAUCUUCUACCAGAAGGCUAGAUACCAGCGGAAGCAGGAGCAGAGAAAGCCCAUGGAGUCUGCGCCGAGGGAUGGAAUUCUAUUCUGA